AUGUUUUCUGGGCAGAGAUUCACUUGGAAAGCAGCUGGGCUAUUUGUGGCUACUGGCGUGGGUCUGGCAGUGUAUUUCAAGAAUGAAAAAGAACGCGUGACAAAAGAACGUAAAAAGAAGGAGUAUGAAGCCAAUCGAUCUUUUGGAAAACCAAACAUUGGCGGUCCAUUCACAUUGAUUAAUGCUGCCACCGAAAAGCCAUUCAAGGACACUGAUCUUCAUGGCCAAUUCCACUUGAUCUAUUUUGGGUUUACGCAUUGUCCUGAUAUCUGUCCCGAAGAACUCGACAAGAUGUCUGAUGUUAUUCCCGGAAGCAAAAAGGAAGACUUGCCUGUCGUACCGGUUUUUAUUACCUGUGAUCCUCGACGAGACACACCUGCGAUUGUCAGAGAGUAUGUCAAAGAUUUUCAUCCAGCCAUGGUGGGAUUGACCGGAGACAUCGACACGAUCAAAAGGGUGGCCAAGUCGUAUAGAGUCUAUAUAUCAAUUCCAGAUGAAGAGGAUGAUUAUCUGGUCGAUCAUUCAAUCUUCUUUUAUUUGAUGGAUCCUCAGGGUGAGUUUGUAGACUGUUACGCCAGAGACAAAACGCCUGAGGAAAUUGUGGAGAGUUUCAAGACAUAUAAACAAGAAUACCUUGAACGAGGUGGGACAAAAUAG